AUGGGCAUUCAGAUCCUGUUAGCAAGAUCAACAAUCAGCAUCUUUAAGAAGCUGCAGAACACUCAGGUUGUUCAGAACUGGAUCUUAGCUUAUGCAGGGUUCUAUCACUCUUUUGAACGGUCAUCCCCUCCAAAGGAUAUUCUUCCACCAGAUGAUUCUUCGCUGAUUUUCAACACAAAUAUUAUGAAUAUCUCUGUUCCUCAUCAUUUCUCCUUCAAUGGAGCCUUUCACAUCCCAUCCGCACUAAAAGUCUUUAACGCUAAGGUGAUCGCCACAUUGGCUUAUGCGAUCCCAUUAUGGGGGCCUUUUGUAAAUCUUAACCCUUUGGAGAUAAUCCAAAACCAGUUCCUGAGACGGUUAUUAAAACUACCCCGAUGUUGUCAUAAACAGAAUAAUCUGAAAGCUGUCAUUGGAGGAUGUAUCUCUGAAAUCUCUGCCAAUAUAGCCAUUGUUUCAGGAAGCCUGAAGAUUCCACAGCUCACUUAUGGCUCAUUCUUGCCAGUCCAGGAUGAAAAACUGCUAUUCCCUUUUUUGUACCAGAUGGUCCCAAAUGAAGCCCAACAAAACAUAGGUGUUGUGCAGUUACUUCAGCAUUUCAGAUGGACAUGGAUUGGACUCUUUGCUGUGGAUGAUGACAAAGGAGACAGGUUUUUACAGACUAUGGUGCCAAUCCUUUCCCAUAAUAGCAUCUGUUACGCCUUUAUAGUAAGAAUACCAAAAUGGAAUUAUGUGGAUGAGCUAGUAGAUUUGCUUAUACAACAGUGGAAAAACUAUGAAAUAGUCAUUCAGAGAAAAGCCAAUGUGUUUUUUGUAUAUGGAGAACCUCCAUCCUUUCAGAUGUUGAGAAUAUUGCUGUUUCUGGCACCUUUCUUGUCUUUUCCAUCUCUGGGUAAAGUGUGGAUUGUUACAUCCCACUGGGAUUUUGCAUCUAUUUCUUUUCAAAAGAUUUGGGAUAUACAGACAUUCCAUGGCUCCAUAUCAUUGACAGUUCAUUCAAAUCAGCCAUUAGGAUUCCAAAGGUUCAUUCAGAUGGUAAGACCUGCCUGGGCCAAAGGAGAUGGCUUUAUUCAGGACUUCUGGGAACAGGCAUUCGGCUGCUCAUUAAAGGAGAACAAAACGUGCACUGGGGAGGAAAAGCUGGACGGCAUUUCAGGGGUUUUGUUUGAAAUGAAAAUGACUGGCCAUAGCUACAAUGUCUACAAUGCUGUUUAUGUUGUGGCACAUACUUUGCAUGCCAUAAAUAAAUUCAGAUCCAAGCACAGAAGUUUGGAAGGACAGAAACUGUCAUUUCAGAAAGUGCAACCAUGGCAGUUCCAUCAGUUUCUUAAAGGUAUUUCAUUCAAUAACAGUGCUGGGGAUACUGUAAGCUUCAAUAAAAAUGGAGAAUUGGUUACAGGAUUUGAUAUUACAAACUGGGUAAUGUUCCCCAAUGGCUCGGUAGUUAGAGUCAAAAUUGGAAAGCUGGAACCUCAGGCUCCUCCAGGCAAACAGUUAACCAUUAAUGAUGGCCAAAUUGUCUGGCAUCAAAUAUUUAAUCAGGUGCAGCCUCUUUCUGUGUGCAGUGACAACUGUUAUCCAGGCUACAGCAGGAAAAAGAAGGAAGGAGAGAAAUUUUGCUGCUAUGAUUGUGCUCCGUGUCCAGAACGGAUGAUAUCUGACAAGAAGGAUAUGGAUGCUUGUGUGAAUUGUCCUGAUGAUAAGUAUGCAAACAAGGACAAAACUCAGUGCCUCCCCAGGGUGCCAAGCUACCUCUCUUACAAAGAAACUUUGGGGUUCAUUUUAGUGAUCUUUGCCAUUUCUUUCUCUUUAAUCACUACUUUAGUAUUUGGAAUUUUUGUGAAACACAAGGACACACCCAUAGUCAAAGCCAACAACCGGACCCUCACCUACACCCUCCUCAUCUCCCUACUCCUUUGCUUCCUCUGCUCCUUCCUCUUCAUUGGACAACCUGGAAAGGUCAUCUGCCUUCUCCGACAAUCAACCUUUGGCAUCAUCUUCUCUGUGGCCCUUUCCAGCAUUUUGGCCAAAACCAUAACAGUGGUUCUAGCAUUCAUGGCAACGAAACCAGGAUCCAGGUUGAGAAGAUGGGUGGGGAAAGGACUGGCAAAUUAUAUUGUCCUUUCUUGCUCCUCCAUUCAAACAGGCAUUUGUACUCUUUGGUUAAGUACUUCCCCUCCGUUCCCAGAUAAGGACAUGCACUCAAUAAAUGGCAAAAUUGUAUGGGAAUGUAAUGAGGGUUCAGUUACCAUGUUUUACUGUGUCUUGGGCUACUUGAGCUCAUUGGCCAUUGUCAGCUUCUUCGUGGCUUUCCUAGCCAGGAGGUUGCCAGAUAGUUUCAAUGAAGCAAAGUUCAUCACCUUCAGCAUGUUGGUCUUUUGCAGUGUUUGGUUAUCAUUUGUUCCGACUUACCUAAGUACCAAAGGAAAAUACAUGGUAGCUGUGGAGACCUUCUCCAUCUUAUGCUCCAGUGCUGGUUUACUGGGUUGUAUUUUUACCCCCAAAUGCUACAUCAUUAUGCUGAGGCCAGAGCUGAACAACAGGGAGCAGCUAAUAAGAAAAGCAAAAUGA